CUAUGGACCAAAUCCAAUUUGCAAAGGUUGUUUGUCUUGCUCAAAGGAUAAUGGGUGCAUCAGAUGCCAGCAUAAAUUGUUUUUCUUUCUUCGACGAGAAGGAAUGAGGCAAUAUGGAGAAUGCUUGCAUUCCUGCCCAUCAGGGUACUAUGGACUCCGAGCGCCAGAUAUGAACAGAUGUUCAAGAUGCAGAAUAGAAAACUGCGACUCUUGCUUUAGCAGAGACUUUUGCACCAAAUGCAAAGCUGGCUUUUACUUACACAGAGGCCGUUGUUUUGAAGAAUGCCCUGAUGGAUUUGCAUCCUUAGAGGAAACUAUGGAAUGUGUGGAAGGCUGUGAAGUGGGUCCCUGGAGUGAAUGGGGAACUUGCAGCAGAAAUAACAAAACCUGUGGAUUUAAAUGGGGUUUGGAAACAAGAACAAGGCAAAUUGUGAAAAAGCCGGCAAAGGACACAAUACCUUGCCCAACCAUUGCAGAGUCCAGAAGAUGUAAAAUGGCUGUGAGGCACUGUCCAGGAGGAAGGAGGACAGUAAAAACAAAGGACAAGAGAAAGAAGAAAAAGAAUUUAAUGGAAAGGGCUCAGAAGCAGCACAGCAUCUUCCUAGCUACAGACAGAGCUAGCCAGUAAAGACGUUUUUGUUUGUUAUAUAUAUAUUUUUUUCUAUUUUGCAAAGUGCACAAAAGCUGCUAUAUGCUCCUGCAUAUGGAUGCACUGCAAUUCAGCUGCUUUGACAGUAUUGGUUGCAAAUAACUUGUGAAAAAUGUCCACAAGUUUGUUUGUGUUAUUUAUACUUUUUAUUUUUUGAACCUGAAGACUCCAAAGGCCGGAGUGCACUGAGUUGAAUCAGUGGAAGUGGCGCCGAAGUGUGUCAAAGACUUUGCAUUCAGUGCCUGGGAAAUGGAAAUGACCAAUGUGUUAACAUAAAAGUGCAACAGGAAAGAAGGCUGCAAAUCACCAUUAGAUAAUGGACUUGUGCAUAUUUAUAUAAAAGAGGAGGUCUGGGUGGUGUAGGUACUCUUGCAUUUAUGGCCUUUAUUUCUCAUAUUUGUACAUUUCAAGAGUAAAUGUAUAUGAAUAUCUGCUUAGUGUUAAUAUGCAUUAUUCUCUGCACCAUUCUCUGAACCUACUGCAUUGAAUCAGUUGUAUAAUAAAAUUGCUUUAAUAAGAUAUACCACAGGAGUUACUGCUUAAUGUUCUAGGAGCACAAUAGUCCUCAUGUGUACAUAUUAUGCUGUCUAUGUAUAAAUAAACUUAUUUACUGUACAUUUGUGCUUUCAUUCUUAUGUGUAACAAGCUAUGUAUGUUUAAAGUUAUGUCACUUUGGUUCCAGUAAUUCCUAAACAUAGUCCAGUAAACACUUUUUACUAUGUUUUGAAUGUUUUUACAGUUUAUCAUUAAUUUUAAGGAAAACAGAUUGGUUUCUCAUUUGUCAAGGCAUUUUCACAUAGCUAAACUAGCUUGUGUCGGCCUCAGAACACAGUGUCAGGUUUGGAAUAUACAUGCCUAGUUCUUUCAGUAAAACUCAAGUCUCUUCAGUUACAAUGUAACUUUACCUUGGGCCUGAGCUGAAAUGUUGGUGUUGCUUCUCACAGAAAGAAAUCUGACAUCUAAGGCCCAGUCUACACUGGGUGGGAGGGGAGAAUCGA